CUUUCACUAGCACAGCGUGCUUUUGCAAAGACUCUGACCGAAUUCAAAAUCGAAACGGUGGGCACAACGCAAACAGAUGAUGAAAGAGUCAUUGGAAACUGUCUCAGGGAAUUUGGCAAGCUUAUUAAUCAAGUUGAAGAGGAACGUACUAAAAUCCUCAAUGAAGCCGAAUCUCAUUACUUGGAACCGCUAAAGAAGUUUCGAGUUGAAGCAAUUGGUCGAACGUUACAUGAAGAGAAACGGAAAUACGAGAAGGAAAGUACUAAGUUCUACCAGAGUUUGGAAAAACACCUUCAUUUAAGUACGAUGAGGAAGAACGACUUUCGUGAAGCUGAUGCUCAAUUGGAUAUUCAACAACACAGUUUCUGCAAAGCCUCUUUACAAUAUGUCGCGGAGAUUCAGUCAGUUCAAGAACGGAUGAAGUUCGAGUUCGUCGAGACGCUCAGUUCCUUCCUGUAUUCCUGGCUAACCUUUUAUCACGUUGGGCACGUGAUUCAUGAAGAUUUCAAGCCUUUUCUGGAUGGUGUGCAGGACAGGGUGCAAAAGGCCAAGGAAAGUUAUAUGGCGACCAUUGCUGAAGCAGAAGAACUUAAAGAGAAAAUGCUCAAAGCACAUGCUAAGGCGUUCCAAACUCACGCUGCAGGGGCAGUUACCACUGGUGGUUCUGAGCGUUCGUCGACUAUCAAACAAGGGUAUGUAUACAUGCAGGAAAAAAGCAAGUUACCAAAAACAAUAGGAAGAGAUGUGCUGGCUGGAAAAUGGACCAAAUACUAUUGUGUUUAUUCAAAAGAGACGAGAAUUUUCACAAUGAUACCGAUUACGGCCACGUCGAAA